AUGCCGAGACUCAGUGACGCUAUUAAGGACGACCACCGGAAGAUCGAGCAGGCCUACCGAUACAUCCUCACAUCCACGACCCCCGAGGACAAGAACCGCUGGAGGAACGAACUCGCUCUAGAGCUUGCCCGGCAUUGCAUCAGUGAGGAGCAGGUGCUGCUGCCCAUCCUCAAGGACCGACUGGCGGAUGGCGACUCACGGGGUGCCAAGAACCACACCGACAGGGAGAGCCUGAAAGAAAAGAUCUGCCGCCUCAAGGCCAUCCCCGUCACCGACUCGAGCUUCGAGCCCGAGCUGAAGGCGCUCUGGGUGGAUAUGGCGGCCCACGUCCGCGACACCGACCACCAGGACGUGGCCCGUCUCGAGGAGUGCCUCACCAUUACCGAGUCCGAGGAGCUUGCCCGGCAAUUUCGGGAGACCAUGUCCAUGGCGCCAACCCGCAGCAACCGCUCGGCCGACCGGGGGCCUCCGUCCCAGCUGAUUACCGACUUCCUCGCCACAAAGAGCGGAUCCCUCAAAGACAUGGAUCCCAUUCUGCGGGGCUGUCGAUGA